AUGAUGCAUGACCUCAUCAACGAUUUAGCUCAAUAUAUUGCUGGGGAAGUUUGCUUUAGGUUGGAGGACAAGGUUAAUAGCAAUGGGCAGUACAAUGUUUCUGAGAGGGUUCGUCACUCCUCAUUCAUUCGUCAGAAGUAUGAUGUCUUCAGAAAAUUUGAACCCUUCUAUAAAACAAAAUGCUUAAGAACAUUCCUAGCUUUACCUGUCUUUGUGCCAGAUCUGGCAGUAGAAUGCUAUUUAACUAAUAAAGUGUUCCAAGACCUGCUGGCAAAACUUGGUUGCUUAAGGGUGCUAUCUUUGACUGGUUAUUGCAUCAGUGAGCUGCCAGAUUGUUUUGGCGAUCUCAGUCACUUAUGCUACCUGAAUUUGUCUCGCACUAGAAUUAGAUACUUACCUGAGUCACUGUGUGCUCUCUGCAAUUUACAGACAUUAGACUUGAGUCAUUGUAAGAAACUUACUAAAUUGCCUCAAGGAAUGGGGAAUUUAAUUAGCCUCCAUUAUCUAAAUAUUGUUCGUACUGAUAAUAUGACAGAGAUGCCACUUCAUAUCGGUAAGUUGAUCAAUCUCAAGAAGCUGUCAAAGUUUAUUGUGGCAAAAGGCAAUGGGCGUAGGAUAACAGAGCCGAAAGGCCUGUCUCAUCUUCAAGGGCAGCUUUCAUUAUUUGACCUGCAAAAUGUGGCUAAGAUUCGAGAUGUAAGGGUUGCCAAUUUAAAGGAGAAACGUGGACUUGAUGAUUUAGUAAUGAAAUGGAGUAGUGCUCUGAAUGAUAUUCAGAGUGAAGUAGAUGAAUUUGAAGUUCUUGACAUGCUAGAACCCCAUCAAAAUCUAAAGAAACUCAGCAUAUUCUUUUAUGAAGGGUCAAAGUUCCCAUCUUGGAUUGGGAAUCCUUCUUUUGUUAAUAUGGUGUAUCUAAAUCUAUGUGAUUGUUCAAACAUCACAUCAUUACCUUCACUUGGGAGAUUACCUCUCCUCAAGGACUUACACAUUGAGAGAAUGUGUGGAGUAAGUCUGGAGGAUUCUGAAUUUUACGGGGCUACUGCUUAUUCUGAUAAGCUUUUUCCAUCCCUAGAGACUCUUAACAUUAGAGAACUGUCGAAGUGGGAGAAAUGGUUUCAGCCUUUGAAGUUUGAAGCUGCAGAAAACGUAUUCCCUUAUCUUCAUGAACUUGUGUUGCAGAGUUGUCCAAAGUUGGUAGGCGAUUUGCCCAACCUGCUUACUUCCCUCAUAAAGCUUUCCAUUUUUGAGUGCCCAUUGCUCACAGCACCAACUCUGAGUCUCCCAUCUCUUCGUGAGUUGAAUUUAGAAAAAUGUGAUGAGCGGUUUCUUACAAGGCUCAAGGACCUGACUGCUCUCACUAGGUUGAAAAUUGAGAACAUUUCCAAUCUUUCUUGCUUACCCGAAGAGUUUACCUGCUUGGUAUCACUUCAAGUUCUUGAGGUUGAAGAUUGUGGUGAACUGAGAUCCCUCUGGCAAGAAGGUGCCGGAUUUGCAAACCUUUCUUGUUUGAAGCGCUUAGCAGUCAUGAAGUGUCCUCAACUGUUGCAGUUGAUAGAUGAAGACAAAGAGCUGCCCUCCAGCCUAGAGUAUAUUGAAAUAGAAGAUUGCAGUAACCUGGUGAAGCUUCCAAAAGGGAUGCAAAAGCUUAGAACAUUGAAAGACAUACAUAUUAAAUGGUGCCCCAAACUAUUGUCUUUUCCAAGUGAAAGUUUACCUUCUCUUCUAAAGAAUCUGGUAAUAUUGGAAUGUACCUCAUUACAGUCUCUACCUAAAGGACUGGUGCACGAUGGUAGCAGCAGCAUCACCAGAUGUCAUCUUAAACAAUUGGAGAUUGUGGGAUGUCCGUCUCUUUUGUUUCCAUCUGGUGAGUUACCAGCUGCUCUUAAGCGCCUUGAGAUUUGGGAUUGCAAUUGGUUGGAUAUUCCAGAGAGGUUGCUGCUGAACAGUAGGUCACUUGAAUUCAUUCGAAUUGGAAACUGCAAAAAUUUGGGUGCCUUACCUCAUUGCCUGUCCACCUUUGAACAUCUCACAGAGUUGCAUGUAAAUCAAUGCUCUUCCUUCGAGUAUUUCCCAGAAAGCGGGUUGCCCAUUCAUAACCUCAGAGCACUGUUAAUCUUCGAAUGUGAGAAUCUCAAGUCCCUACCCAAUCGGAUGCAUGACCUCACAACUCUACAACAUCUGACAAUGUUUGAUUGUCCAUGUAUAGAGACUUUUCCAGAGAGUGGUUUUCCCCCAAACCUGCUAUCACUUACUAUAUUGGGUUGCAAGCAACUCAAGUUACGCUGUGCAAUGUGGCACCUGCACAAGCUUACUUCUCUUAAAGACUUAAUUGUCGGUGAUUUUGAUAGGGAUAUGGUUUCCUUUCCAGAAGACUUCACGAUUCCUCCAAAUCUUGUCCACCUGCAAAUCCAGAGACUACCUAAGCUGAAAUCUAUAUCUGAGGGGCUCCUGGACCUUAUUUCUCUUGAAGCAUUAGAUGUUUGGAAUUGCCCUAACCUCCAGUGCUUGCCAGAAAAGGGCCUGCCUAUCACUCUUGGUGUACUUGAUAUCAGAAAUUGUCCUCUACUUGAAGAAGAAUGCCGAAAUGAGAAAGGUGCAUAUUGGCCAAUUAUUUCUAACCUUCCUCGUGUGAGGAUAAAUUAUGUUGACAUCCGCUGA